GAUGGUAGUCCAUUUUCCUCGUGUCAAUGAUGCAAUCAUAAUUCAUGUUCAGCUUUGCUCAUAGUCCUGUAAUACGUGCUUGGAGCAACAUCUUGUAAGACAUGAGCUAUGGGCAACCUUGGAGCUUUAGCGGUAUGGGUUCUUCUGCCGAUGACGAUAGAUGGGUUUUUCCACAAAACUCCUGCUGAUAUAUACAAUUUACCACUUCGAAAUAGUUCACUGUUUGGCUACAGCAUGGUGUAUAUGGAGACGUAUAAAAGCCUGAUAGUGAGUGCCCCAAAUGCGGACGUACGGGGUCACAUCUAUAAUAUAGACUUGAAUAUGAAAAUUAUUAGCCAACUAAAUGCUUCGUCUGUGUCGGUGGCAAACGCAGACCGUGGAGUAUGGCUCGGAGCUACGCUAAAGGCUGUUAAGGACAGUCUUGUGGCUUGCGCUCCGAGGUCCGCCAAGCUGUUUACAACUCCUUACAACGAGCCUAGAAUUGAGGGAACGUGCUUUAAGAGCAAUUUACAAGAUUUUACGGAAAUGCAGCAUCGCGGUGACAACAAAGGAAUCUACAGCCACACAAACUACAACGUCAUAUUCGGCUGGAGUCUGGAGACGACGGAAAAUAAUCGACUGCUGGUACUGCUGGUGGGCGGCCCAGGGGGCAAAGGUCACGUCAUAAAAUAUAAUAGCUUGGAUGGAGCACCAGAUUAUAUAAGCAGACAGACGGAACAGAAGGCUAUGCAGAAUUUAGGUUACAGUAUUGCUUGCGGGAGAUUUUCAAAGAAAAUAAAGUGCGCAGUCAGCUCCACUUAUGGAACUUUAGGAUACGGAAAAAUAAUCUUCUACAACUCGUGGUUCGACAUAUUGCACGUGGUGUCGGACGACCACGUGGGGACACUGUUCGGUGCUGCACUCUGCAAAGUGGAUCUUGGCUCGGGCUACCAUCAAUUGCUUGUGGGUGCUCCUCUGAGCCGCACUGAUAUUAGUACGUACGACGUUGGCGCGGUGUCCCUGUAUGGAAAGGACCCGUUGGAUGAUACGAAAAUGGUGUUUGUGAAGAAGAUUCAGGGCUCCUUCAACGGUGGUUAUUUCGGCAACACCAUUAUCAGCCUCGGAGAUCUGGACGGCGAUGGGAAAGAUGAAGUGGCGGUCGCGGCCCCCUACGACUACGAGCAGCGGGGCACAGUGUAUAUCUACUCGGGGGCCGUGCUUGCUGACGUCAACAGCGACAACAAGCCUGCACAAGUCCUCAAACCGGAGUCACUUCUCUACUUCGGCUUCAGUCUAGCCAGACUCGGGGAUUUUGACGACAACGGAUGUAAUGAAUUGGCUAUAGGGGCACCCGAAAGCAAUACAGUCGUUGUGUACAGGAGUUUUGCGUCUGUGAAAAUAGACAUUGAUGUCAAACUGUUAAAUACGACACGAAAAGGAAAUGAAGUGACUGUUACGUUUGAAACCUGCUUAGAAUUUACUUAUCCGGAAAAGCCGAAGAUUGUAAAAGGAGAUAUAAGAUAUCGCGUCCAAGCAGGGAAUGAUAUUGUCAAAAAUGUUGACGAGUCUGUCACUCUGGGCAGGGCAUUACCAAAAUCAUGUAAACAGUACUCGGUUCCUUUAGUCGAAACGGCACAUCAAAUAUUAAUGUUCGAAGUCAAAGACAUCGUCUUGAAUGAGGACCCUAGGUCUCUCGCAACUUUUGACCCCACAAGAGUCCUCAUCAGAAACGACAGUGUGCUGUACAAGUCUGGUCAGUUCUCUAUCAGCGAUUGCGGUGGGGGCAACUGUCACCCAGUGUUGAGUGUCAGUAUUAAAACAACUAUGAGAGAUAACCAGUAUCUUAUCGGAUCUUCGGAGUCCGAAUCGUUUUCCAUGGUCGUUUCCAACAAGGGGGACACCGCAUACUCUCCAUGUAUCGAGGUGGAGGUCUUCGGAGCCAGCAUCCUGAAGCCAGGGUCUUGCUCCUUCAGAGAGUCCGGGACUCGUAUCAUCUGCACGCCCAGACUUGCCCUACGCAACGACACAAACUGGAAAAUUGAGAACGUGACCUUGGAGACAAGUGGGUUGACCAGCUCGGAAGAGGUGUUGGAGGUUCGAUACGACGUGUUGAAUCUCUGCGAUCAGCCGAACCAGAGGCAGAAUAACUCCUUGAAGAUAUCUCUACAGCGAGAUCAGAUGUUCAAUAUAACAGGGAACUCAUCGCCGGAUUCCACGGUAAAUUUUACCAGUGGUGAAAACUUGGACGGAAAUAGAAGUGUCAGUCACGUUUAUAAGAUCCAAAAUAACGGUAGAACGAAUUGGGUUGGGGUCGAAUGUAAAGUAACUCUACCAAAGGUGAAAUACGCGACGUACCAAAUAUUCUUCCAAAGCGACGGUACAAGUAGGAACUGGCCUAUAGACGAUGCGACCUGGAGGACAGAAGGGUUGAUGGGGUCAGAGAAGUCAGAGGAGUCAGGGUCUGUGGUGUGCGACAUAGGUAACGUGUUCAGAGGGCAAUCGACCUCGGUGUACGUUAACAUCAAAGUUGCACCUCAUUUGUUGGGAUUGGUGAAGAAGACGAAUGAAACUCGGACGCUAACAACAAGUCUACAGUUGCUACUAAAAGGUGAUAUAGUACCAGACGUUAUCCAAAGGGUGACUACGACGUUCCAACUGAAGUAUGCGACAGUGGCUCUGUGGAUAAUCAUAUUGUCGGUGAUCGUGGGCCUGCUCCUGCUGUUGCUUAUUGCGUAUGCCCUGUACAAGUGUGGAUUCUUGCGGCGGCAGAAAAAGGCUCGGCUGCAGCGACUACGGAGAUCUGUCUACAGACAGUCCAUGGUUAGGACCAGGCAUAGAUCUCGAAGCGCGACAGGAGAUUCUGCUAACCUGGUCUCUUCCGAGGAGCAGCAGCAGAAAGAACAAGAACAAACCGCAGAAUAAACAUUAAGAAUUAAGAUCAA